CAGUGUUGUCUAACUAAUAAUGAGGUGUGGCAUUUGGUUCAAUUCAAUUAAAGCUCCACUACUAAUUCCACUAUUGGUUCAUCAUCCCACAGUUCAUUAAUUUCACUUGGCUAAUAUAUCAUCAAAAAAGCUAGCCCGGAAUUUUUUCAGCAACCGGAAAUGGCAGAAGAAGUAGCUAUACCGAAUAAGAGUAUUCUCAAAUCACCAGCACUUCUAGAGUACAUCUAUGAAACAUAUUGUUAUCCAAGAGAACAUGAGCAGUUGAAGGACCUUAGAGAAGCCACUGUCAAGAACUAUAAACUACGGAGUCCGAUGAGUGUGCCUGUGGAUGAAGGACAGCUUAUAUCGAUGUUUUUGAAAGUGAUGAAUGCAAAGAAGACUAUUGAAGUUGGAGUCUUUACUGGCUAUUCUCUUCUUACCACUGCUCUUGCUCUUCCUCAUGAUGCCAAAAUAACAGCCAUUGAUCUAAAUAGAGAAGCAUAUGAAGUUGGAUUACCGUUCAUUCAGAAAGCUGGUGUUGACCACAAAAUAAAUUUUAUUGAGUCUGCAGCUUCUUCAGCCCUUGAUGAUCUCAUUAACGAUGAAAAAGAAGUAGGGAGUUUUGACUUUGCAUUUGUGGAUGCUAAUAAAGAUGGGUACAUAAAAUAUCACGAACAACUUGUAAAGCUGAUUAAAAUUGGAGGAGUGAUUGCAUACGAUAAUACCCUAUGGUUUGGAACUGUGGCCCUUUCUGAUGAAGACGAAAUGGAUGAUUUUUUUAAGACAAAUAGAAAAAUCAUAAGAGAGGUCAAUACGUUUCUAGCCAAUGAUAAUCGAUUUGAGAUAUCGCUUGUUUCUAUUGGAGAUGGACUCACCAUCUGUAGACGUCUCUACUGAUUAAGAGAUCCAUUGCACACAAUAGUAGUGUACUAAUGUCAUACUUUCUAAGGAAAUUAACAUUUUUAUGAAGACCUUUCCAAACUUCCAAACUACGUAACAGUCCAAAAUUAGUCGAUAUGUAUCAAUAAUAAACGUACGUUUAAAAUUCAAGUCUUAUUUGUAAUAAAUGAGCUCCUUGAUUGCUACUCUA